UGGUGGAGGAGACCGUACGCCCUACACACCGUCUCCCGUCGUCUCCUCGCCCGGGUCUCCACCACCCUAUCGUUGGCCUCUGUUGAAACCUGCAACGGAAAUCUGUUUUUCGUGUAAACCCAACAACAGUGACAGGCGACGCUGACGCAGGCUACCCCUCUGAUGGUGACGAUGAUGAUGAUGAUGUGGGUCUGCCGCUGCUGCUGAUGGUGACGAUAGUGAAUGACGAAGAGAUUCUUGAAAGUACAAUAGAGACACACCUAUGAACUUACCUUGUUAAUACUAGUGAAAAAAUAACCAUCCCAACAAUUUCAAUAACAAUAUCGAGUGAUUUAUUUUUAGUGGAAAUAUUUUUAUGAAUAUAAUAGUAAAAAAUAAUUAUUAUAUAUCAACAUGGAAGAAUUAAUCUGACACAACCGUAAAUAACUUUGGUGUUUAAAUCUGAUUGAAAAAACAACAAAAACGCUGUGUUGAAAAAGAAUUGGAUAUUUUUUUUUUUGCCGAUUUAGACCAGUGAGGAAUAAAAUUGUGCUGCCGAUUUAGAUCAGUGAGGAAAAUCUGUCCUGCCGAUUUAGAUCAGUGCGGGAAGAAUUUUGAUCUGCCGAUUUUAGACCAGUGAGGAAAGAAAUCUAUCCUGCCGAUUUUUAACAGUGAGAAAUGAAUUAAAUCGGUUACUGCUCAGACGGACAUCAGUGAAAUAAGUAGAAAAAAUAAUAGGAAACAACUAAGGAAUUCGAAUGGAAAAUAAAUAAAAUAAAAUAAAAGCGCGCGAAAUUUUAAACAACAACGAAAUAUAGUGUGCAGAAAAAAAACAUUAACUGGCAACGAGUCACCAAUCAGAAUUCCCAGAAAAAGCAAAAAAAAGGCGCGAACUCUGAGCUACCAACGAUAAAUAGUGUUGAAAAAAAAAUAUAUAUAACCAUCAACAACUAACCAAUCAGAUAUCCUCAAACUAAAAAAAAAAGUGUAAAAAAAAACAAUAACCGGCAACGAACACCCAAUCAAAUUUCACCACCCUAACAAAAAGCGCGCGAACGGAAAGCCCGCCAAAUCUCCCGACAACAAAAGGAAGAUAAAAUAAAGAUGGAGGACAAGUUAGCUUCGUACACAGGUGGUCUUCACAUCUUCAAGAGCUACCUGAAGGAGAAAUGGGGGACGCUGAAGGAGCAGGGAGCUUCGGGCACCAUCCACGAGCUGAAGGAGAAAACAGGGACUAAGGUUGACAACUUUAGGGAGAAAGCCAUCCACAACCUCAACCACGGGGAGUGUGACGACUACUCUCACAUAUACAGACGCAAAUCACGCAUGGAGAUGGUGCGUAUCUCGGCAGCCGUUAUGGGUAUUGAGUUCUGUUACGCCGCCGAGACCGCCUUCGUCUCCCCGACCCUCCUGAAGAUCGGCGUGAGACACAGACACAUGACCUUGAUCUGGUGCCUCAGUCCCUUCAUCGGCUUCUUCCUCACGCCUAUAUUAGGAUCUCUGUCGGAUAAUUGUCGCUCGAAAUUAGGACGGAGGCGGCCAUUCAUCAUCCUCCUCUCGAUCGGUAUUAUCCUCGGUUUGAUUCUAGUGCCCAAUGGGAAGGCUAUAGGCUUGGGCAUGGGUGAUGAUUGGUCGUCCACACCUGCUCCUUCAACCACCACCACCACCACCACUACCGGCCUCUCUACUGAAGAAGUGAGCGAGCUGAUGACCGCCACUGAGCCCGGGUUCCUCAAUGCUUCUACCAUCACCGAUGUUAUCAGUCAUAUGGAGCAUCCGGAGAACGUGUCUAUCAGUGAUGCUGGUGAGGUGAGAGAGACUCGGAGUGGGUAUAAAUCACACCCCUGGGGCAUCUUCUUCACCAUUGUGGGUACUAUGUUGCUGGACUUCGAUGCGGACGCCUGCCAGAGCCCCUCCCGCGCAUACCUCCUCGAUGUUACUAUCCCUGGUCUACUAAAGGCAGGUCUCGGGGGCGGCUUCGGCUACGCUAUGGGCGGCAUCAACUGGGACGCGACGUUUAUAGGAGUGCUGAUGGGGGGACACGUGAGGGCGGUGUUUACGAUCGUCACCUUCAUCUUCAUCGCCUGUGUCCUGAGCACCUUGUACUCCUUCAGGGAGGUCCCCCUUGAGGUCCUACAGAAGACCACCAAGGCGCAGCUGCAGAAGGGGAUGUCGACGGAGCAGCAGGUACUCGACCCUCAGAGCUUAGAGGAGGGUAAAGUAGGGUACGGUACCAUGGGCACUAACACUCCUCUGCGCCCUAGCUCACUGCCCCUCAUGAACGGUCACGGGGUGGAACCAGGGGCUGAGGCUCAAGGCGACGUCGACCAGAGCUACAGUGAGAAGCCCGUAGGACCACCUACAUCAGGAGACCUCCUUCAACCAGCAGGACCCGACAGAGUUGAAGGAACCUAUGGUCGAGGUAGCAGAAGAAGGCGCAGAAGAAGCAGCAGUACCCGGGGCAACACUUCGACAGUAUCUUUAUCCAUUGUUUACAUGCCGAGGUCCUUAAGGAUCCUCUGCCUCACCAACCUCUUCUGCUGGAUGUCUCUCGUCUGCUACUCCCUCUACUUCACGGACUUCGUAGGCGAGGCGGUGUUCGGCGGUGACCCUGGCGCACCAGACGGGACACGGGAGAAGGAGCUUUAUGAAGAAGGUGUGCGCUUCGGGUGUUGGGGCAUGGCACUCUACUCUCUCUCCUGUUCAGUCUACUCUUUCCUCAUUGAGAAACUCGUCAAGAAAUUUGGAGCUAAGCCAGUGUACGUGUGUGGUCAGCUAGUGUACAGUGUAGGUAUGGUGUUCAUGGCAGCCCUCCGUCACCCUGCUGCUGUUAUUAUCUUCUCCUGCUGCGCCGGCGUCAUGUAUUCUACCCUCUUCACCAUGCCGUAUCUUCUGGUGGCUCACUACCAUGCUUCAGAGACGAUAAAGUGUGAGGACGUGUGGUUGGUCACCAAGAUUCGUCAUCUGUGGUCUCGCUGUUGUGGUUCCUCGUACAAGACGGAGGCAGGCGAGGGGCCAGCAGUCUUGGCUAACGACGGGCCAGAGCAACAGGUCCGUGGGCUGGGGACAGACGUGGCCAUCAUAUCGUCCAUGGUGUUUCUCGCUCAGUUCAUCCUGUCGUCAUGUAUGGGUUCCAUCAUCGCUGCUGUAGGCUCCACCACGACCGUCGUGUGCGCCGCCAGUGUCCUCGCUCUCUUUGGCUCCAUCACCGCUACACAAGUCGUCUAUCUCGAUCUCUAAAGUCGUUUUCUCUGAUCCCUAUUAUUACGAUGACAGAAAACGGGAAUAUUAUCAGACACCAUUGUAAUUGUGUUGACUGUUCAAUGGGCGUAGUUGUGAGUGGCAAUUAGCAGCAGUAAUGGAUGGCUUUGUUUCUGUACUAAAAAUAAUAAAGAAUAAUGCUUUAAAAAACACGUACCUCACUUGGUAUUAAAACACGUGGUGGAAAUACAGAACUUCAAUGUGUAAUUCUGUGUAUAAAUGGAUAGAUGUAAGUACUUAUUUUUCUCAACUGAUCAGUUUGUAUAUACAGUAGACAGUACUAGAUGUAGGGAGCUUUUAAAUAAGAUUAACUUAUUUGUAAAACUCGUUAAUUAAGGAGAAUCAUGAUGUUGCAGUUCUUGUGGACAUAUUAACAUGUGUAGUAUUUUUAAUAGAGUUCGCUGCAGACUGUAUAACAUAAUGGAUAUUUUGUUAACCCGUCCUUGGAUUCAAUGCACACUUGCGGGUCGUGAUGUUAAAAGCUAAGAGGUGUUCUCCCGAUAGCUUAUUACCAUACCUAGACCCUCACUAAUGAAGGAAUGACCAUCAAUGAGGUUUAAAACAAAUAUUCACUCAGACUAGGACUACUAAAGACUAGGACUACGAAGGCUACCUGGACAACUAUCUUUUGAGCCUGAGUACACGACUCUGUUCUUUUGUUUCAGGCUGAUUGGGUUUUUUUUUCUUGGAUGAUCAAGGAGCCUCCAUUCAGUGGCCAAUAAUUACAAUACUUUUAAAUGACUAUGGUUCUCCUAUAUCGGGUUGGUUAGCUUUUUUUCCUAGGAUGAUCAAGGAGUCUCCAUUCAGUGAUCAAUAAUUACAAUACUUUUAAAUGACUAAUCAAGAUAAGUGCAAUUGUUUAUUCUACAGGUAAUAGAAUAGGGAAUUAUGUCAGCAGAGUUACAUCGCAAUUAUUUCAGUUUUUCUUCAUUUUUUUUUCUUGAUCGUUAGUGUCAGUACGGUAACAGCUGUUGUGAUGGUAAUUAGGUGGUUGCUGUGGCUACUUAACAGGUCAUGAAUAAUAUAAUGUUUCUCUUUAAUUAUAUAUUCAUUUACCGCUUGAUUUAUUGCAGUAGUGAACUUUUGACCUUACUGAACUGACCAGCUGAUACAGUAUUACAAGUAUUAUCAUUAUCAUUAAGAUCAUUUAAAUUCUUUUCUGUUAUUUUAUAAUUCAAAUAAUAACUGGAAAUAUAUGACAGUAUUUCUUAAAUACUGUACUGUAAGAGUAACAUAUCAACACUGUAGUUUAUGAACUUGUAACACAAUAUUAUUAUUAUUA